AAGAAAAUAGAAAAACUAACCCUAAUGGCCCAAUUCUCUGGGCCUAAACUCGGGAAGAGGUGACCAGUGCACCACCACCACCGCCGCCCUCCGCCCACCGCAGAGGCGCACACAGUCGCGAUUUUAAACUUCGAUCCGAGCGUAGAAGCGUUUGAGGUUUCGGUUUUUCCUUUGAUUAUUUGCCCACCGCACACCAGCCUUGUCCAAUUUCAACCGGCGAUAGAGGCGGCAGUAGCUGAAAUCCCGGCCGAUAUUUAUGGUGAAACGCGAUGGUAGGAUUUAAGAACAGAUACAUGGUGAUGGAGGUGUUUCUGGAUCCGAACAAAGACAAUUCAUUGCAUGAUCCGAUUAUUAUCACACAAUUAAAUUUAUCAAACGCCAUCAAGGAAAGCAUUCUCACAAACUUCGGUGAAUGUGGUCUAGCCUCGUCGAUGCAUUCGUUUCAAGUUAAGUAUGUGAAUCCAAUUACGAAAAUCUGCAUUUUUAGAACUUCAAGAGAGGAGUAUCAGAAAGUUUGGGCUGCUAUUACUAUGGUUAAGAGUAUAGGAAACUGUCCUGUGGUUUUCAACCUUCUUGACCUUAGUGGGAGUAUAAGGGCCUGCAAAAUUGCUGCUUUGAAGUGUGAUGAGUCGAAAUACGAACAGUACAAAAUAUUAGCUGGGGACCGUCUCUCACCAGAUACUAACCAACGAAUGCAGAACUGUCUUGAGAAGAUCAAAACCUUGGAGAAUUAAUAGGAUUUUUGUGUAUUUUAAUGGAUCUAAAAAUAUUUCAUAUUAGAUGCAAUGAGAGAGAGAACAGGAAUUUUGUUGAAUGAAGCAUGUAUGUAUUCGGAGGUGAAUAUUAUUUCUUCCAUUUCCAUUCGUGUAAAUACGUAACUUACUUUGUAAACAUAUCUAGAUUCUACUGCUUUCGAUUUUUCGAUUUUCUCUAAAUCAACCUGAUCCUAGAAAAAAACAUUAGUAUGCAGUACUUGCCUCAAGGCCGACCGAAAACCCAUUGUAACUAAAUUAUAUACAAAAAAACAGUUAGCUGCUCAAUCAGGCAAAUGGAACAAUUUGUAGCUUGUUCAAUCAGCAAAGAACAGUAAAUGAAAUAUCAUGAACAAUCAACACUGAUAUCAUACAUACAAGAGGCCAAAAAAAAA